AUGCGGUCACACCAUUGCCCAAACAGCAGCAGAUUCCCCUUGCCUUUUCUAGGAUUGGCUCUCGUGCUGCUGAUAUCCUUGGCCCCUCCGACCAGCUCCUGCACGGAGCAGGAGAAGAGCUCCCUCCUCCAGCUCCUUGCUGGGUUCUCGCAGGAUGGCGGCCUCGGGUCAUCAUGGCGGAACGAUACGGACUGCUGCACUUGGGAAGGGAUCACCUGCAGCCCCAACAGGACGGUCAGUGAUGUUUUCUUGGCCUCUCGAGGCCUCGAGGGGUCCAUCUCGCAGUUCCUUGGAAAUCUCACAGGCUUAUUGCGCCUCAACCUGUCGUGCAACUCACUGUCCGGUGGCUUGCCGCUGGAAUUGGUGUCAUCCAGCAGCAUCACUGUCCUUGAUGUCAGUUUCAACCGCCUGAUAGGAGCCCUGAGCGAGCUGCCAUCUUCAACCCCUGCAUGGCCUCUGCAGGUACUGAACAUCUCAAGCAACUUGUUUACCGGAAGGUUUCCAUCCACAACAUGGGAGGUGAUGAAGAGCCUGGUCGUGCUCAAUGCCAACACCAAUAGUUGUACUGGGCAGCUACCAACUACACUCUGUCUCAGCGCACCAUCUUUUUCUGUGCUUAAACUCAGUAUUAACGAAUUCAGUGGAAAUAUUCCUCAUGGACUCGGUAAUUGCUCCAUGCUGAAAUUGCUAAGCGCUGGCUAUAACAACCUCAGUGGAACUCUUCCAAAUGAGGUCUUCAAAGUUACAUCAAAUUUGGUCACCCUUGAUCUUGGGGGCAACAAGAUCAACGGCAAUAUACCGGAUGCCAUAGGCAAGCUGAAGAGUUUGGAGGUGCUGCAUUUGGAACAAAACCACAUGUCAGGGGAGCUUCCAUCAGCAUUGAUCAACUGUACACAUCUCACAACAAUUAUCUUAAAGGGCAACCAAUUUCACGGAGAACUUACCAAGGUCAACUUCUCAAACUUGCCCAAUCUAAAAAAGUUAGAUCUCCUGCACAAUAACUUCAUCGGCAACAUUCCAGAAAGCUUAUACUCGUGCAGCAAGCUGACUGCACUACGGCUCUCCAGCAAUCAUUUCCAUGGCCAACUAUCAGAAAAGAUAGGUAAUCUGAAGUCCCUCUCAUUUCUACCACUCGCUAACCUCUCCCUUACAAAUAUCACAAGAACACUUCAGAUCCUUGGGGUAUCCAGGAGCCUGACCACCCUUCUUAUUGGGUCCAACUUCCUGCAUGAGACCAUGCCAGAGGAUAACGGCAUUAAUGGUUUUGAGAAUCUUCAGGUUCUUUCUAUGAGUGAUUGUUCAUUGUCUCGAACAAUACCUGAUUGGUUAUCCAAGCUCACAAAUUUGAGGGUGCUAUUUUUGCAAAGCAAUCAGCUAACUGGACCAAUACCUGAAUGGAUCAGUAGCCUGAACUUGCUCUUGUAUCUAGACAUAUCAAACAACAGCUUUACAGGUGAAAUUUCAACUGCCUUAAUGGAGAUGCCAAUGCUAAAAUCAGACAAGACUGCACCAAAGGUCUUCUUUGAACUGCCUGUGUAUCUUUUCAGUCCAUUUAUCCAAUACCUCAAACCUGGUGCUUUUCCAAAAGUGCUUAAUCUAGCCAUCAAUAAAUUCACUGGUGUGAUCCCAGGGGAGAUCGGUCAACUAAGAGCGCUCGUUUCACUUAAUUUGAGCUCCAACAAAUUAUCAGGAGAGAUCCCACAACCAAUCUGCACCCUCACAAAUCUGCAGAUGCUCGACAUGUCCAGCAAUCAUCUUACUGGUACAAUUCCGGCCGCACUAAACAAUCUGCACUUUCUUUUCAAAUUCAAUGUUUCUAAUAAUGACCUCGAAGGCCCUAUUCCAACCGCAGGCCAACUUAGCACGUUUCCAGAUUCUAGCUUUGAUGAAAACCCAAAAUUGUGUGGUCCUUCGAUUGUAAACCAUUGCGGUUCAGCGGAAGCAAGUCCAGAGUCCAUCAACUCCAGAGAAGAGAUUGGCAGUAAGGUCAUCUUUGCAAUCGCCUUUGGUGCUUUCUUUGCAGUAGGAGUCAUAUAUGAUCAUAUGGUCUUAGCCGGAUAUUUUGGCUAA